CUUUUAUCUUCCCCCCCCCCCUUUUUAACAGAAAAUUUUUUUUUCUUCUUCUUGUUCUUCUUGCUCUUCUUUUUUAUUUUUAUACUUUCUUGUUUAUAAAAAAAAAAUGUCAUCGUCGUCUUUAGCUGUUGAACCUGUAGCGUCUUCACUUCAAACUUCAUUGGAAGGAUAUGUAGGUUUUGAUACAAUUACACAACAAAUCGAGAAAAAGUUAUUGAAGCGGGGAUUUCACUUUAAUGUGAUGGUUGUUGGUCAAUCAGGGUUGGGUAAAUCCACUUUGGUCAAUACCAUUUUUGCUUCUCAUUUGAUUGAAAGUAAAGCUCGUCUCUCUGCUGAUGAACCACCUAGACAAACCACCGAAAUCCAAACUGUAUCUCACUUGAUUGAGGAGAACGGAGUACGUCUUAGACUGAAUAUUGUUGAUACCCCUGGAUACGGAGAUCAAGUCAAUAACGAAAACUGUUGGGAACCCAUUAUCAAAUACAUUAAAGAUCAGCAUUCUGCUUAUUUGCGUAAGGAAUUAACUGCUACCCGUGACCGUUAUAUUCAAGAUACAAGAGUCCAUUGUUGUUUGUUCUUUAUCGGCCCCACUGGCCAUGCAUUGAAGCCUAUUGAUAUUGUUGUUCUUAAGAAGCUUUCAGAGGUAGUCAAUGUUGUACCUGUGAUUGCCAAGUCUGAUUCCUUGACCAUUGAUGAGAGACAAGCUUUUAAACAAAGAAUCAAGGCAGAAUUAGUUUUCCAUAAUAUUAAAUUAUAUCCUUAUGAAAGUGAUGAGGAUGAUGAACAAGAACAAGCUUUAAAUGAGAGUAUUCGAGAAUUACUCCCUUUUGCUAUUGUUGGUUCUGAGCGCAACGUUGUGAUUGAUGGUAGACCCGUGCGAGGUCGAAAGAACCGAUAUGGUGUGAUUAAUGUUGAGAACGAAGAGCAUUGUGAGUUUAUUUAUUUACGCAAUUUCUUGACUCGUACCCAUCUUCAAGAUUUGAUUGAAACGACGGCACAAAUUCACUAUGAGGCCUUCCGUGCUAAACAACUUUUGGCUAUCAAGGAGUCUACCCAACCUGCUAGCAGUCAGGCUUCCAUGCAUCCUGCCAUGUCCAAUAGUCCUAAUAGUAUGGCAAGUAACGCACUUAGUCCUGGUGGCGUUAGCUCUACCAUGGGAAGUCCUGCUCAAUCUGCAAAGUCUGUACCUGCUUUUGG